UCGUCUUCUGGCGAUUAUCAGGUGGCCGCAUGUGCGGCUGGCUUCACCAUUGGCUUUGGCUACCUGACAACAGUCAGAGCCGUUCAUCAAACCAGAGCGAACAGGAAUCCAUCACGGUCGGCAUACAUCUACAUGAUCUGGGGCGAGAUCUUAGCGAAUCUUGUCCUUGGUAUUCUAUGUUGGCUUUGGUUGAAGGAUAUUGUCCACAAUGGAGCUGUUCUUCUCUUCUUCAUUCUCUUUUUCUAUGUCUUCGAGGUUCAGUUCCUCAUGCAAAUAAUUAUCAACCGCAUCUCGAUCAUUUCGGAACGUAAGGCCACAGCACAACGACUGAAGAUUGCAACUGCUGUAGUCAUUUCAUGCAUUAAUAUUGCCGUUUUCUGCAUCUUCAUUCCUUCACACCUUUCACCUCCACCCAGUAUGGUCUUUGUACAUAUAAACAAGUAUUGGGAUCGUUGUUCGAAGAUCUUGAUCAUGCUUGUUGACGCAUUUCUCAAUUGGUAUUUCAUCUACGUUGUCAAGGCUAGAUUAGUCAAGCAACAUGGGCUUCGAAAGUAUAAGCCUUUGGUGGCUUACUACACUCGUCUGGGAGUCAUCUCUGUUUGCAUGGAUCUUAUGCUCAUCGGUCUGAUGUCACUACCUAAUGGUAUCGUCUUUGUUCAAUUCCAUCCUGUGGCAUAUAUGGUCAAGCUCAACAUCGAGAUGAGCAUGGCCGACAUGAUUAUCAAGGUUGCACGAAGCAAUGAGCAAGAUAUGAAUUUUGGUUCUUCACCUGAAGGCACACCAUAUCCAGGAACACUCAACACCCAGAAGUCACAACACAACCACACUUUCCAUGAAGGAGAAUGUCACGGAGUUCCAAAGAACGUAACGAAUACCGCAUUUGUUGGUCACAAUCGAAGCAACGAGGACCUCAGAGAAGAUAUCCACGGCAUCAAGCGCCAAACGGAGGUCCAAGUGUACGUGGGCGAUUCGGACAGCGAAGAUCGUUCGCUCGACCUUGAGCAUGGAAAG